CAGCAGUCAGGAAAGCAUGGGACACAGCAUAGAGCGGUGAGGUGGCCAGGCUCAACCAAAACCUGUGCACUCACAUUUCCACGCGUUGCAUUUAGCAGCCGCUUUUCAUCACGCCGGGACAUUUAUUUGGGGGGUGGCGGUGAAAGAAAGAAAGAACGACGCGGGACUGACUCGGUAUCAGUUCCUGCAGGAGGAUGGAGAUAGAGAAGAGGACGAAUGGGUUCGACUACCCGGAGAGAAACAACGCCAAGCCGGUUCACGGCUUUUAUGGGGACCACCCACUAGACCCUGAAAACAAUGACAGCAUGGAUGAUCCAGCUGAGCAACGUACUUGCCUUAUCUGUGGAGAUCGAGCCACAGGCCUGCACUAUGGCAUCAUCUCCUGUGAGGGCUGCAAGGGUUUCUUUAAGCGCAGCAUUUGCAACAAGCGUGUCUAUCGAUGCAGCAGGGACAAGAACUGCGAGAUGUCACGCAAGCAACGCAACCGCUGCCAGUAUUGCCGCCUACUCAAGUGUCUACAAAUGGGGAUGAACCGCAAAGCAAUCAGAGAGGAUGGCAUGCCAGGAGGAAGGAAUAAAAGCAUUGGGCCAGUUCAGAUCACAGAAGAAGAGAUUGAGCGCAUCAUGUCAGGCCAGGAAUUCAAGGAGGACGCCCCAGAGCAUACAUGGGGCAACAACGGUGACAGCGACCACAGCUCUCCCAGCAACGGCGCUUCGGAGGGCAACCAGCCGUCGCCCGCCUCCACGCUGUCAUCCAAUCGCUCCAUAGAGAUGAAUGGCUAUACAGCAGCCCUCAGAGAUCAGUACAUCAACACCUCCAUGUCAACACACUACCAGCUGCUACCGCACCUCUUCAGUUAUGCUGCCCAAUCUGGCCUGCUAGCCCCGCAGCCCCGCAACCUUUACCCACAGUCCCAUCCGUUAGUGCUGCAGUUGGUGGCGGCAGAAGACCUGAACCCCCUGGCCACCCCAAUGCUCAUAGAAGAUGGCUACAAGGUAACACAGGUGGAGCUGUUUGCCUUGCUGUGUCGCCUGGCAGACGAGCUGCUCUUCCGCCAGAUCUCAUGGAUCAAGAAGUUGCCUUUCUUUUGUGAGCUCUCCAUUGAGGACUACACCUGCCUGCUCAGCUCCACCUGGCAGGAGCUCAUCCUGCUCUCCUGUCUCACAAUCUACAGCGCCCAGAUCUUUGGUGACCUGGCCAAUGUCACAGCCAAGUACACACCAUCUGAUGACGAGCUGCAGGGUUUCAGUGAGGAUGGCAUGGAAGUGAUGGAGAGGCUGAUAUAUCUAUUUCGCAAAUUCCACCAGUUGAAAAUCAGUAAUGAGGAGUAUGCUUGUAUGAAAGCAAUCAACUUCCUAAACCAAGAUAUCAGAGGACUGUCAAACAUCUCUCAGCUUGAGCAGCUGAACAAGCGCUACUGGUAUGUGUGUCAAGACUAUACCGAGUAUAAGUAUCCGCACCAGCCCAAACGCUUCCCUGAGAUCAUGAUGUGUCUGCCAGAGAUCCGCUGUAUAGCAGGGAAGCUGGUCAAUGUCCCUCUGGAGCAGCUCCCCCUCUUGUUCAAAGCAGUCUUGCACUCCUGCAAAUCCAGCCUGACCAGCUACAGGACCGGCCCGUCACCCUGUGUGACCGCCUCCUCUGGAAAUUAGAGGCCUACCUGACCCUAACCACACAACCCCCCCUCUCCCCCAACCUCCCACACCCCAAGUCGAGGGACCGGUCUCACCUCUAAUGAAUGUGACAAGCAGCUAGUUUUUUUUUUUUUUUUUUUUUAAUUACUUUUCGUUUUAUAUUUAUUACACGACAGAGCUGAAUGUAUGCUGAUUUACACUGUGCACAUGCUUCUGUACAAAACAAAUGCUCAUAGAUGCAUUGGUCUUUGGAGUUUACAAGUGUGUAUCCAGUUUGCUCAAUGUGUCAGUGUUGCCAAUGUUAGAGCUAGACUUAAAAAAAGAAAAAAAAAGAGUUUAUUUUAUUCAGAUGGGGGAAGAUAGACACGUGACAAGUGUUUUGAGACUACCUCAGGAAGAUGUUAUUGCUAUUUUCGUGGUGUUAAUAAAGAGUUGCCCAGUCUUAUACAAAAUUCCAGUGGAUGCUUUGGCACCUCAAUCAGAGUCUGGAUGUUCAAAGGAGCUGUGCAAAUCAAACAUUAAGAAAUUAUGUUUUAUUACAUGGAAAAUACUAGAUAUUGAAAAAGAAUAGCUAUUUUAGCUGCAUGGACUCUUGGACAUUCUGCUUAUGGGAGGCAUAACAUUCCAUGAGUGAAGGUGACAGCUAUUUGGAUCAGUGGGAUCUUCUUUGGAAAAGGAGUAUACGGGUAUUUUUUACAAUCAUAGACUGGGGAUGUAAGGCUUUAUUGCAAGGGUAAGGGAGGAUAGUUAGGUUUGCUGUUGGUUUUGUUUUAUUUUUUGACCAAAGUAUUAUGCAAUGCUUUUUUUCAAAUGCCUAUUGAUGGGUAUGGAGCUGAUAGCUCGACAAAAAAAUUUCUUGUCAGUGAAGGAUAAGUAUAAUAAAUGAAUCAAUCUUAAUCAGAGGGGUGACCCUCAGAUGGACAGAUGAGCACAUUGCCAGAUUUCCUCCUAAAUGCUGCUAAACCUGCACCCACAUAUGCAUUCAUCAGAUAUGAUUUACAGUAAUCCCUCGCUAUAUCGCAGUUAAUUUAUUGCGGAUUCAGUGCAUUGCAUUUAUAUAUAUGUGUGGUGCAUUAAUCACCUGCACAUCUCUGUUACAGUUAGCUUUAUUGGCUUCGUGAUUAUAAUGUUGCAGCAGUGUUAUACUCUUAUUAUUAGCAGAAGAAGAAGCCUUCGUAAUCUCAACUCAUACAUUUGGUAAAUUACCAUAUUGCGUGAGGAUACAAAGAACAUGACAGGAAAGACACUGUUAAAAACACAAGCCACAGUCAGAGUUUUAUGAAAUUCUUUACUUUACUCUAAAUUAUCACAUAUUGGCAAUGAUUUAGAUGUAUAAAAUUUGUAAAUUUAUAUAAUAUUACAAUAAAAUAUUGGUGGCUGCUUCGCAUAGUUCAUUUAUUGUGAGGGAGUUUAUAAGGUAACCCCUGUGAUAAACGAGGUUUUACUGUAAUAUCAUUUGGGGAGAAGCAAACAGCAGUUAGUUAGCAGUUACAGUUCAGUAAUUACAUGAGCCAGUUGUCAUGAAGACACCCCUAUGCCCAACGGCCUAGCAAAGACAUUUGCGAUCAGACUUUUAUCAGGUCCCGUCGAGUCCAAUCAUGUUUUUGCACAGAUCCCAAAACCAGAAGAUUAGAUUAGACUGGACCUGAAGAAAACUGUCUCAGGUACUAGUUAACUGGUGCUCAGUGAGUUAGAUUGGGAUGAUUGACUCCACAGACUAGGAAUUGAAUGUUUAUGUGCUGAUUCAAGUUCAGUCACAAAGAUUGCAGAUAAUCAGUUUAUGAUGUGGUGAGAUGAUUUUAGUGUGGUUAUUUUACUUUAGAGCAUUGACUAGACCAGUGGCCCUUGCUCUCUGUGAUGGAUAUGCACAUUAUUGUAGAAAAAUGUUCUUUAAUUUUUGAACUGCUUGAGUGUCUUCUGUGAUUCCUCCAGUUUUUACCAGUUUCAUUAUGUGCAAACCAUUUGAAAUGCAGACUAAAAUGCAGUCAUUGCAACGACUCUCUUUUUUUUGCACACAUCGGUGAUGUUCAGAGACCUUGACCUCGGCCACUGCCCACCCAGUGUGUUCCUCUCUCAGGUCCUUAUUGGCCUGGAUCGAAACAGGGUAAAGUGAGUGUUAUGUAUUGCAUUCAGGAGUUACUCCAGCGACCACGUUGAUGUGCUUGUUGUGUUAGUAGAUGUAGCUUCCAGGACAUAGAAGGUCCUCUGUAGGAAAAUGUUUCUACUUGAUUUGCAUGAUAGUCAUUGUCCCGUCAUGCAGGUGAAAGUGGAUGUAGUUUGAAAGUGAAACACAUGGGGAGUGGGUGCGGGCUGGGGGGAUGGGGCGAUUGUUCCUCAUUUAACAUUUGUGAUGAGCAAAGCGAGAAGCAGUUGCAUCUCCAGAAAGUUUGCUUGUCCCAAUGUUGCAGUUUUCAGCCACAUCUCCGUGUGCAUCUGCAGCCUUAACGCCAUCACAAGAGCAGUGUAGUGUUUCUCUUUCAAAUGCUUCAGUUCUCUUUUCAUCUUUAAAAAAUGUUUAAAUACAUUUUCAUGUACAGUACCUAGUUAUUUUAAUUUUUUGGGUUAUUGUUAUUUUUCUCAUGUAUUCAUUGUCUUAUUUUGUGUGAGGAUAACCCCUCAUUUUCUGUUUCUUAACUUUUUGUGGACUUGAUUUAAAAUUCAUUCCUUUGUGCACAGCAGUUUAUGAAAGUGUUACACAGUUGAUGUGAUGUCAGACACAUUUUAUGUGACAGUACUGACAUCUAGGAAUCUUUUAUGUAUUACUUCAUCUUCUAAAUCAGUGGUUUGGCAUCACUUGAGAUUCCAAACUGGUGUUAUGUUUCUUUCAUUUUCUACAGCGGUGGAGUUAUUUAAAUGCAUUUGUUUCACCUCAACUCUGGUUGAAGCCAUGCAGAUUGUAAAUUACUUUUGUUUUUGAGGCAAUUGUUUGACAAAACGAUAGAUGUUUGAUUAUGUUGUGAUUGAGGUCCAUUUUUUGUCCUCUUAGGAAUAAUCAUUUAAAUCCCUGUGAAUCUUAAAGACGCCACAUUGAUGUUCUAUUGCACAACGAUAAUUCCCGCAUAAUUAAAUCUGUUCUGCAUGAAUGUUUCAUGGGAAAUUUGGAGUUUGUGAUCUGAGGUGAACCACUCAUUUUUAACUACUGAAGCUCAGGGACUUUGAAACAUCAUUGAUCGAUGUGUAAUGUUAAAUGGCAAGUACUAAACUUUACUCCACUAACCUGCAUAGGCAGCCACAGGGGCCUCUCAGCAGAGCAUUAAUGAUGCAGUCGAAGGAGAUGAGAAAAGUUCAGGGUGGCCAACAACAGAGCCGCUACCAACUCUCUUUUCUCAAAGUAACUUCAGGAAUGCAUUGAACAUCACACACAUCUGAGAUCUGACUGUGGAAAAAAGAUCUGAAGGGGGAUUUUUCCUUUUAAGUAGCAUCCUGCUACUCAACUCAAAUAACUCAUUUCCACUAAUUCACUGCCAAUUUAUGUCAUAAUCUAAUACACGUGAUAGUGGAUUUUUUUUAUUGUCUUUUUUUUUAACACGAGAAAAAUGUGAUUUGCAAUUUCUGUGCUGAAACUACCUCCGUCAUCAUUUUACACUACAAAAUAGGUGAUUUUUUUUUUUGUUUUGUUUUAUUUAUUGGAUUCAUUGCUUAAAUUUUCUCUUAGUUUGUCACUUAUCAACAGUGACCGCUCAGAUUUAUGAAAGUGCUUCAAACCUGACUAUUGUAACUUUUUUAAGCAUGUUGCUGCAUGUUUUGCUCUACCUCACUCUUGCUGCUGUUUGUCUCUGUCAGCCACUAAUUUUUCCUGACCUUUAGCAGGAAUACAACAAAUAUUUUAAUCUCUAUUUUCAGGGAUCCUCGUUUACCCUACCACUUGUUUCAUUUUCAAUUAGCGUCAUCUGUUGUUUCACUUCUGCCCUGUUAUCGUGAAUCCAAAACCAAAGAUGAAAGAAUGUCCAUGACAAUGUCAGCGCACUGAUUGUUAGUCACGUGAAGCAUUCUUGUUGCCUUCAAGCAAUGCUUUAUUUUCCUGUGUUGACCUUUUUUUUUUUUUUUUGCUAUCUUGUGAAUGGCGGUUGGUUGGUUGUGGAUACACAUAAAACACCACGUCAUGAUAUGCCAGUGUGGUUUUUUUGUUUUGUUUGUUUUUUAAUUGAGCUACAUGAUUGCUGUUCACCAUUCAAGGUAACACAAUGUUCACGAUGAAGCUGCUUAUCAUAUCAGAUGCUGCUUGUGAUCGAUUAUCAAUCAGGGAAUGUAAUUGUGGUCACGCUGACAUCUCCUUGUGUUUCCAUGCUUCCACUCAGUCAAGUGACCCUGGCACUAUGGCACGAGAGUACUGGGGUUUUAUCACUGGGUUUGGACUCAUACGGGCUUCUGAAUAGAGCCUGCUGCUUUAUUUUCUGAUAAUAUUAGCAUCGUGUAAUAAUUAUUGGAGAAGGGCCUUCUUUUUGGAGAUGAUUAUUUGCCUUUCUGACUUCUGUGUAUGUGAGUACAGAGCUCGUUUUACUCUGUAUUUAAUGUUGCCUAAACCGUUCAAUUUAAAUGUAUCAUGUUUUCUCUUAGUGUAGUGUUUGCUGCAUCUCCAUGUAUAAUGUGUCCAAUCCCAGUGAUAUAACACGUUCAUAGUCUGUUUUACAGGAGCACAAGGUGAUGAGAGUCUGGGACUGAAGUACAAAUAGUUUUAAAAAAUUAUAUAUCUCAGGGAAUACAAUGAUUUACACACUGUUGUUUACAGUGAACAGACAAUUGAAACUGCUUCGUGUUUUCCUCUUCAGAAAUCUUGUCUGCUCUUGUUACUUUAACUACCUGUGAAGAAUGUGAUCUAUUAUGUGUUAAAAGCAUGUUUAGAAUGUGUUAGGAAAUAAAAACCAAAUAAAUGUGAACGUUAUGCAAGCAUA